GGGACUGCGCUUUGUGCGAUGCCACAGGCCAAGUUGUGUUGUUGUGUGUCUAUGAGCACAGUUGGGCAGCAGUCGUCGCCACUGUGCGUCGCGGAAGAUGUUGCAGCAGCAGCCUCUGACGGGCAAUGGGCCCUCCAACGGCCGGGGACUCGGCAUGAAUAGCCACACCGGGAUGCAUGCGCUUAAUUCGGCUCAUCAACCUUCCCAGCACCGGUCGGACGGAGGGGAUUCGGGCCUCGAGGGCACAGAGAACGGACAUGAAACACGCAGAGAUAUUGGUGACAUACUGCAGCAAAUAAUGACCAUAACCGACCAAAGUUUGGACGAGGCACAAGCAAAGAAACAUGCACUUAACUGUCACCGAAUGAAACCUGCAUUGUUCAGCGUUUUAUGCGAGAUCAAGGAAAAAACGGGCUUGUCAAUGAGAAACGCACAGGAGGAGGAGCCUCAGGAUCCUCAGCUGGUGCGACUGGACAACAUGCUGCUGGCGGAAGGCGUGGCAGGGCCAGAGAAGGGGGGCGGGGGGGCCGGCGGCCGGGGUGGCGCCCCCCACUCAGGAGGGAUGUCACCUGACAGCUCGCUCGAGCACUCCGACUACAAAAGCAAGUUGACCCAAAUUCGCAGUAUCUACCACACUGAGCUGGAGAAGUAUGAGCAGGCAUGCACUGAAUUCACCACUCAUGUGAUGAACCUGCUGAGGGAGCAGUCGCGUACACGGCCUGUGACCCCGCGGGAGAUCGAGCGCAUGGUGGCCAUCAUCCACCGCAAAUUCAGCUCCAUCCAGACCCAGCUGAAGCAGAGUACUUGUGAGGCAGUCAUGAUCCUGAGGUCCCGCUUUCUCGAUGCCAGGCGCAAGAGGCGUAACUUCAGCAAACAAGCCACAGAGGUCCUGAAUGAGUAUUUCUAUUCCCACCUGUCCAACCCUUACCCCAGUGAAGAAGCCAAAGAGGAACUUGCCAAACAAUGUGGAAUCACUGUCUCUCAGGUCUCUAACUGGUUUGGCAACAAGAGAAUCCGCUACAAGAAAAACAUUGGCAAGUUCCAAGAGGAAGCCAACCUCUACGCCAUGAAGACAGCCUUGGGGGCCAGACAGGGCGAUGACUCCCCACACACUCCCAACUCCACAGGAUCUGGGUCCUUCUCUCUGUCCGGGUCCGCUGACUUGUUCCUUGGGGUUCCACCUGUGAACGGCGAGCAGUCUACCUACCAAAUGGGAGUGCAGGCUAACGGGAACUGGCAGGGUCGAAACUCGCCCCCGCCCAGAGCCUCGCCCCACAGCGAACACUCAGAAAACUCUGACUGAUGGCCCUGCCUGCUGGCACAGAACGACAGCCGCAGAAAGACUGACAACGGAAAAGACAGAAGGAAUGAUAUCACACUUCCCACUUGGCUGCAGUUGUUUUUGUAUGUUGUUUGUUUGGUUUGAUUAUUUUAAAUGUACGUUGGUUUCUUUUCUUACCGCUCAGCAUCGGUCAUUAUUAUGUUUGUAUGAUUAGCUGAGUGCAUGGAUGCUAGAGUGAAAAUGUGUGUGUGUGUGUGUGCGCGUGUUGUGUGUGCAUGCAAGUGUGGUUUUAUUAUCGGGGUUGUAGGGCUUGUUUUCCACUACUUUUGACAUGUUACUGAGGUGUGUGGUUGGGGAAGAGGAGGUGUGGGACUGUAUUAUCAUUGUUUUUAGCACACUAUAUCAUUAUUAAUAUUAUUGCCAUUUUAUUAUUAGUGCUACACCUAUUUUCAUUUUAACAGCUCAGAAAGAGAGAAUGCAUUUAGUGAAUGAGAGGGCAAUAGAGAAAAAUCCAAAGACUUUGUGUGUUUCUCUGUUUAGUUUAGUUUUUCUAAGGGGCUUACCUGAGGUGUGACUGAGUCCAUAUUAAUGGUUUGAGUGAGUGUAUUAACAGUGCUGUCUUUUUUUCUGUACAGUGAAACACCUGUAUUCUCUCUACCUCUUUUACAAUAAAGACUCUCUGUAUU